ACGCGCUCCCCCCCUCGUCCCCUCCCCCUCCAUGCAGCGCUGAGGAGACGGGCGGCGGAGCCGAGCAGGGGAGGCCCGGGGCCUAGCGGAGCGGGCUGGAGCGGCGGCCCCGGCGCCAUGGAGGGGAUGGACGUGGACCUGGACGCCGAGCUGAUGCAGAAGUUCAGCUGCCUGGGCACCACCGACAAGGACUGGCAAAGCAAUCUGAUGAAAUAUGACACAGGGACGGAAGAAGACUUGGCAGAUGGCCUUGAUGCACGAAUAGCCCACUACCCUCUGAAGUAUGCUACAGCUAAGCAAACCGAGGACCUGACCAACUGGAACCUGCAAGCAGCCAUUGGAGCCUACUAUGACUUUGAGAGUCCGAACAUUAAUGUGCCCUCCAUGUCCUUUGUGGAAGACGUUACCAUAGGAGAAGGGGAGUCCAUCCCACCUGAUACCCAGUUUACAAAAACAUGGAGGAUACAAAACACAGGGACAGAGGCAUGGCCCCCAGGGGUUUGUCUUAAGUACGUUGGGGGAGACCAGUUUGGCCAUGUAAACAUGGUGAUGGUUCGAUCGCUAGAGCCCCAGGAGAUUGCAGAUGUCAGCGUUCAGAUGUGCAGCCCUAGCACAGCGGGAAUGUAUCAGGGACAGUGGCGCAUGUGCACUGCUACAGGACUCUACUAUGGAGAUGUCAUCUGGGUUAUCCUCAGCGUGGAGGUUGGAGGACUAUUAGGAGUAACGCAGCAGCUGUCGUCCUUUGAAACGGAAUUCAACACACAACCACAUCGCAAGGUAGAAGGAAACUUUAACCCCUUCGCCUCUCCGCAGAAGAACAGGCAACCAGAUGAAAACAACCUAAAAGACCCUGGGGGUUCUGAGCUAGGCACAAUCAGCAAAAACACGUGGGGGCCUGCUCCUGACCAAAUUGAACAAGAUCAGACUGGACUGUCACAAAACUCUGUAAAUCUCUCCCCCAGCAGUCACUCAAACAACUUGUCGGUAGUGACGUACAGUAAGGGUUUCCACGGUCCUUAUCCCUUUGGACAGUCUUAAAAACAAACAAACAAAAAACAAAACGGGUAUCGUCAAGAGGAGAGUUUGACAAAGAACUUACUCAAGAGGGAUGUAGGGGGGUUCUUAUGGCUUAUAGAAGAUACGGCAUGGACCCCCUUCUCCACUUCUGCAACCUGGAUAAAGAAGAAAACAAACAAACCAAUAAUUUAAGACUAGUGGUUUCCAGAGGAAAACAAAACUAAAGUAUGCAUGUGUGAAUGCUGAAUUUCAGGAGUGCUGUUCAAUGCUACGAGAGAGAGAAAAUAUACCAACACCAUGGGUUUUUUUUAGAAGUCAUUAUCACAAUUGAUUAGGUAGCUGAAAAAGUUUAAGAAAAAUUAAAAUGAAAGCCAUCUUUUUAAACGAAAAACAAAGAAUUAUUUUGCCUACAGAGCGGUUGUAGUUUGAGCAAAUGUUUAAUAUUUUUGUUUGUUUCCUGUUCAUAAUUUUUUUAAUAAGGGACAGAGUGCAUUUUUAUGGAACUGUUGUGUCUGCUUGCUACAGUACGGGAGCUCGCUUAGCGUCUUCUGGAGCUUAUGCAGUGUGUUGGAUGUUUUUAAUGUGCGAUUGGGCCAGCACCCAGCUCUGUGAAUUUCAGUGACAUCAGCUGUUUUUAGUUAUCAACCUUUUAAUCUUCUGAUUUGUCUGUUUCCCACUUGACCUUAGUGUUUUCAGUAACCUCAGUCAAGACCAAACUCUUGCAUCAGAAUGAGGGGGGAGAUUCCAGAACUGAAUUAAGAUAACCUGGAGGUUCUUUUUUCUCUUGGAACUUGAAGUAUACAUACACAUGUUUAAGGCAGAGACGGAUUUACUAAAGUUCCAAAGGUGGUCCUUAGUGGUUGGUAUUUUAAAAUGCUGUUUUGUUGUCUGAUACUGAUGUCCAGUAGCUGUGCCUAGGACAGCCAGGCAAGUGUAUCUGUCUUGUGCCAAGAGGAAAUUAACUUUCUGUAGCUGUAGUUCACCAAACAGUAAUUAUAAAGUUAUGCAAAGGUCAUGUCCCUUUAGAUUUAAACCUCAUAUCCAUACCCUUUAUAGAAGUAUAAUUUUAAUUCCUCUCUCCUGUGAUAAAGUACUAGCUUAGGAGGCAGAGGCCAGUUGUUUUUGAAUGUAGAGCAAGAAUUUGAAUCAUCAGCUGAGUUCCACAGUAGCGCCUUGUAUUCUUGUUUUGCCUUUUUACUGGCCUGUAGCUUCUUUGAGGUUCUAGCUUUCUAGAUGGAUCUCAUCAAGUCUCCUGUUCACAAGAAGAAGAACUCUUCUGGUCACGAGUCACUUAGCUGUGGGCGUCCGCAGAGGAAUGGGAGCCAUGGACAAAAGAGACUGUGCAGAGCAAUUGUGUAGGGUGGUGACGUUCUGGUUCAGAUUUUUGAGGUGUUGGGUCACUGUUAGCCAAGCAGCCUGGGUACUCGGGAAGAGAAUGGGUUUUUUGGGGGGAGGCGCUGAUUCAGAAACUUAAGCCAGGCCGUAACAGCCAUCUGCCAAAGAUACAAUAAUAUGCAACGCCCCCCAUCAUCCUCUUCUAGCCCCCCAAUCCCAAGCUAUCCACCCAUGUUGGGAGCUGAGUGCUCAUUUUACUUGCUGAAGGUGAUGCAAGGCUUUCAGCAGGCCCAAGCAGCAGUGUUUGCUUCAUUGACUUAAGGGUUCCAUUUUCAAUGCACUUUCCAUGGGCCCUGUUCCCCCAGGCUACGUGGGCAGCUCCUGUUGAGGCUAAUGGGGAAUGGUUGGUAUUAUGCCAAGGAAGAAUUAGUUCACUGGUGAGGCAUUUGGAUUCGUGUAGUCUCUAGGUCCUGACAUUGCUCCAUUAGUGAGUGGCUAAUACUUUAGUUGCCUAUUAGACCCAGAAUUUCUAAGGGCAUGUUCCCUUUUAAGAUUGGAAGUCUCCCUUCCAUACUCUCUAAAUACAUGUGCGAGGCUGUAAGGGAUUGCCCUUUGAAUGAAGAAGGAGGAGGAGUUUUGAAGGAAAGUCCUGUCUGACUUGGAGAAGGGGUGCAGCUUGCCAUUGUGAUUUGAAUGCAAUUUAGGAGGUGUAGGCUGCUUGGUUAGCUCUAGUCAUAAGACCCUGUAUGUGUCUUGUAAAAAUCCCUCUGUCUGUGGGUGAGGUUUUAUUCAUCUCUCAAAAUGAAGCAAGUAUGUAAACCUUCAUGGUAAAGUGUGGGUGAAGUUUGAAUUAUCGCAACAAGCAUGCGAGGCCUCAGCACGUGCACAUCUGGUACCCAGCAUGCAGCAUCUCCCCACUUUUCCCAUGUGUCCCCGAAGUGUUGCUGUUAGUCGAGUUGCCAUACUUCUCAUUGGUCUCUUCUCAUCAGCUCCAUCCAGCUGCCACCACUGGGCCCAGAGCUCUACAAGCCUUGUACUGGCAAGGACGGCGGUUCAACCCUCAAAACCAGCUCACCAGAUUCUCAUUUUCUUCUCAGCUGUUCCCAGACCUGUAGGCUUCACCCAGCUAAACCAGUGGCCAUGUUUGUUGCCUGUCACUACUGCAAAGAUGAUGUUUUGUUCCCAUUCCUAGAGAAAGCUAGUGUCUACCCCCAGUUGUUCUUGUGCCUUCUCAGAAGACUGUGUCCAUUCUGCACACAUCUCCGUGUUGUCUCCUCUCUUGAGCAUAUCUUAAGUCUACUUUGUCCUUGUGAUUGGGACAUUCACAGAGGGAAGAAAGGGUAGGGCCUGAUUUGAGCUGCAGCUUGCAAUAAGUCAGCCUGUUAAUGUUGGCCUAUUACAUCUGUUUCCUAGGGAAUGAGUCUCAAGCAUAAUCACCACCAUUAUCAGUGGGGAUAAUUACUCUAGAAAUAGCUGCAAAAGGCUCAUAAGUGUUUCAGUGUGUUGGUUAGUGUGAUAAUCCGUGUGAUGAUGAUGAUGGGCGGAUGUUUAAAUUGGUAAUUACGCUGCCUCCUAUUUCUUCUCUCUGUGAAAACUGAGUCCCCUGGUGCUCAAUGCACCCAGUCCCCAAAUUUAAGCUACUAUUAAGUUGGCAACAUUUUCAAAAGAGAAUUCGGGGUGCUGGGCGAAAGUCAGUCACACUUAGGACUGAAAUUGCAUUGCUUUCCUUGAACCAAUAUUUUUAAGAUGGGGGGAGAGGCUAAAGUUUGGCACCUAAACCAAAAAAUCCAAAAAUGCUGAGCUCCCACGUUUCUAAUUCACCUUAGCAGGGGACUGUGGAUGCAGAACCUCUGAAAACCAGACUGAGUGACAUGCCUAAUUUUAGACUCUCAAGUGAUAAAAUGGAAUCUCAGCUGAUGAUACCCUUGCCCAGAAGUCUCAUAGGUAAGAGACUCUAUGCCAUGUUACCCAAGCCUGGCUGGUGUCUCUAACUUUGGAGAGUGGGGGGAAGGGGAGGAAGAGAAAGGGCUGGUACCCAGUGGUCUGAGAGACCAUAGCUAUGGAGGGGCUUGAGUUGACUCUGAUCCCCAGCUGCUGCUGUUGUGGGGGGAGGAGGGGUGUUUGGGGUCCUCAGAGGGCAUGACAAAUGGAGAACAAUUCAAAAAAGGGAGUUUGAAUUUCCGAUACAUAGUGGGGUUUUUCAAGCAUAGUGUGAGCUGCUGAGUCCAGAAAUGCCUGGUAAUCCUGGUGUGUCCCAAUGUAACUCAAGUCUGGUUGGAAAAAUACCCUGUCCCAUGGCUGGGAAAGCGUGCGCAAGCUUUGUGUCCCUCUUGCUGGAAAUGCAAUCUGUAUCUGGGAAUAAGUGUCUAGCCAGCUUUGGCAUGAUGGAGAGAAAGUAUCUGCUGCCCUGUGUCUUGAGAGGAGCAUAUGUGUGUAUGUGCAAGAGGGAAGAGUGCAUCCUGAAACCUAUAGGACCUGCAAGUGUAAUCCCAGCCCCCUGGUUGUGAGUAUAAUCUGAGUCUGCAGGGCUAGGAAAUACACACUGUCCCCUGUUUCUGUUUUUUUUUUCUUUUCUUUUAGUGUGUGAGGUGAGUGGUUGGUUCUGCAGCCUGUCUUUAUUCUCUUUGGAGGAGUGCAUGUGUAGAGCAGGAUGGUGUGUUGCCUCAUUGAGUCUGGGAGAAGUCCAAUGAUAGCACAUUGGGGGUAAUAAAGGAAGUUUUUCCUUUAAUGUAUAAAUGAAUAUUUGUAUGAUUAAAUUAACACAGAAAAAAUUA